AACUAACAUGGUCAAUUUUCUUUAGAAACAGUGACCCAUAGGCAAAUGAACAGAGAAUUCAGGGACUGACAAGAAACAAACUUGAGACUCCAUCAGAAAUUGGCUCCAGACUGAUCUGUCGCAUUCAGGACCCUGACACAGAAGCAUGAGACUCCGGGAUCUGAGAUCUCUGCAGCUGCUGUGCCUCUUAGAGGCCAUCUCUUUAUUGCCUUGGACCGGAGCUCUUCUGUGCUAUGAGGCCACAGCUUCGGCCUUCAGAGCUGUGACCUUGCAUAACUGGAACUGGCUUCUGUUGAGGAGCAUGGUGUGUAAGCUGAGAGAGGGCUGCGAGGAGACGAUAGUGUUCAUUGAGACAGGGACCAGUAAGGGCAUUGUGAGUUUUAAAGGCUGCACCACAGCCUUAUCCCACCCCCCACAAAUCUCCUACCUCGUGUCUCCACCGGGAGUGUCCGUGUCCUCCUACAGCCAUGUCUGCAGGACCUAUCUGUGCAACAAUAUAACCAACUUGGAGCCUUUUGUGAGACUCAAGGCCAGUGAGUCUAAGCACCCAGUCCCUUCCACCAAAUUUUGUCCAACCUGUGUGGGCAGGCACGACCAGGAGUGUCUUCCAAACUUCGUCACCACCGAGACCUGCCCCUUUGCUGCAUCUUCAUGCUACAGCUCCACCUUAAAUUUCCAGGCAGGGAAUCUCAAUACUACUUUCCUCAUAAUGGGCUGUGUUCGUGAAUCACACAAACUUUUAGCAAACUUUCAGCAUAUUGGGAGCAUCAGAGUGACCGAGGCCAUCAACAUCUUAGACAAGUCUGAGGCUGUUGAUGCGGGGCACUGUAGUCAGGGCCCUCCUUGGACCAUCCUCUUAUGCCCUCUGUUCAUCAUCAGGGCCUGACCACCUGAGAGACUGGAAAAGUAGCAGACCCCCUUGCCUACUGGAAUAAAACCGCAGAAUUACCCUUC